AGACAAACGAAACGUUCCUCACUCCGCAAGAUCAUAGCGAACGCUGAUUGAAGACCGCGUCGGGCUAAACAAAUCCCGUUAUACGAAAUAUUUGCCGGAUCCUUAAGGGCGAAUAAUCCGUUGAAGAAACUGUGCUGUUUGCAGGCAAGGGUGCCGGUUUAGGGCGAUUUCAACUCAACUGCACUUGUGAAAAACUACGGAAGUCUUAGCCCUGUUUGCGGCGAGGGUUGCAAGAAGGAUGAACAUCGCUCGGUUCGCAUUUCGUUUCCAAAAGAGAAGAGGAUGGAUGCCCCGGAGUAAAACCGUGCCUGGAGAAUGUGAGAUCUCCAUAGGACACAGUAGAUAAAACGCUUAUCAAGAAACAUUAAAACCUCACCUCUCUCGUCUGUCAGAAAGGGGGGUGUCUCCGUGAUUGGAUGUGCAGAACUAACAGAACAAGAGAGACACGUCUCUGCAAGUAAGGGAACCUAUGGCAGAAAUCCAGAAAUAUACCGGUUCCUGUGCGUGAGUGAAUUCACCAUGGACCAAGUGCUCAGUCACCUUCUCCUCCUGGGAACCACGGUGAUGAUGGUCCACGCUUGCCCGAAGUACUGCGUCUGCCAGAACCUGUCCGAGUCACUGGGCACGCUCUGCCCAUCCAAAGGGCUGUUGUUUGUGCCACCGGACCUGGACCGACAGACGGUGGAGCUGAGGCUGGGCGGGAACUACAUCGUCAGGGUGUCACGGCAGGACUUUGCCAACAUGACGGACCUGGUGGACCUGACACUGUCGCGCAACACCAUCAGCUCCAUCCAGCCACUCUCCUUCGCCGACCUGGAGAACCUACGGGCGCUGCACCUGGACAACAACCGGCUGGCAGAGAUCGGGCCUGACGACCUGCGCGGCUUGCUCAACCUGCAGCACCUCAUCCUCAGCAACAACCAGCUGAGCCGUGUGUCUGAUCAUGCCCUCGAUGACCUUGUGCCCUCCCUGGAGGACCUGGACCUGUCGUACAACAACCUACACCGACUGCCCUGGAAUUCCAUACGACGGAUGGUCAACCUGCACCAGCUCAGCCUUGACCACAACCUCAUCGACUAUAUCCCCGAGGGCACCUUCGCUGACCUCGAGCGCCUCGCCCGUCUGGAUCUCACCUCUAACCGGCUGCAGAAGCUACCUCCAGACUCCAUCUUCGCACGGGCCCAGGAGAGCGUGGCACCAGUCACUCCAUAUGCGCCGCAGCUCUCUCUCAGCUUUGGCGGGAACCCCCUGCACUGCAACUGCGAGCUGCUUUGGCUACGGCGUCUCGAGAGGGACGAUGACCUAGAGACCUGCGCUUCCCCUCCACGCCUCAAGGGGCGUUACUUUUGGUCUGUUGCUGAGGAGGAGUUCAUCUGUGAGCAGCCUCUCAUUACCCAGCACACUCACAAGCUGCUCGUGCUAGAAGGGCAGAGUGCCAGCCUUAAGUGUGUAGCUGCCGGGGACCCCACGCCUUCCGUCCAUUGGGUGGCUCCUGAUGAGCGCCUGGUGGCUAAUUCCACCCGCGCUGUAGUCUAUGAGAACGGCACUCUUGAAAUCCUUAUCACCACGACUAAGGACUCGGGUGCCUUUACGUGCAUUGCGGCCAACGUGGCUGGUGAGGCGACCGCUGUGGCGGAGCUGUCCGUUGUCCAGCUACCGCAUCUCAGCAAUGGCACCGACCGUGCCACGCAGCCCAAAUCGCGCCUUUCCGACAUCACCAGCUCCAACAGGGCUGGCAAAAACGAUGGAAAAAGCCAGUCGGAGAGGUCGGUGUCUGUGUCUGAAGUGACCGCUGUCUCUGCUCUAGUCAGUUGGUCCGUCAGUGGCGGUGCCCCAAGAGUCAAGAUGUACCAGCUACAAUACAACUGCUCCGAUGAUGAAGUCCUAAUAUACAGGAUGAUCCCCGCAUCCAGUAAAGCGUUCCUGGUGACAAACCUGGUGUCCGGGACGCGCUACGACCUGUGUGUCCUGGCCGCCUGGGAGGACACGGCCACCACCCUCACCGCCACCAACGUGGUGGGCUGCGUGCAGUUCUUCACGCGCGAUGACUACCCUCAGUGUCAGGCGCUGCGCGGGCAGCUCCUGGGGGGCACCAUGAUCCUGGUGGUGGGUGGUGUCAUCGUGGCCACCCUGCUGGUCUUCAUCGUCAUCCUGAUGGUGCGCUACAAGGCAGGACCAGCCGAGGAGGUGGCAGUCAAGCUGUCUGCCGUCAGCGAUACUUACUCGCAGACUAAUGGGAGUCGCAUGGUGCAGAAUGGAGCGCCACCCACUCCGCCCAAGCCCAAGGUGACACUGCGGGAGGAGGUGGUGACGUUCAGGUGUAGCACCCUGCAAGGAAACCUCACAGUCUCUUCUUCCUCUACUUCCUCGUCCUCCUCCUCCCUGGGAGGCCGAAAUGGAGAUGGUCACAACCAGGGCACCUCGCUCGGAAGGCGGUGGAAGCCAGUCCACUCCAAGGUGCGACCCAAUUUGGACCACCUCCUGGGGGCCAUCACCUCCUUGGAGCUGAGGGGUCAGGCUGCAGGAAGAGAUCCAGGUUCCUCUGCCACAGGGGUGCUCCCUAUGGCUCCUUCCACGGACCGGGAGCCUCUGCUAGGCACGCCGACGGACUCCCGGCUGAGUCGGUUGCUUACACUCCCACUGGAGAGCAACAGGCCCAGAAGGAGCCAGUCCUUUGACAUGGGGGAUGUGGGUGGAGAGGCGGCGGCUGCCUCCAGCACGCAGGCACGGCCCCACCCCCGCAAGGUCAGGAGCGUCUGGACCAGAAGCCUCUCUGUGAACGGGAUGCUGCUGCAGUGCGAUGAAGAUGCAGAGGAGGGCAAGGGGAGUCUGGAGGGUUCAGAGUGGGUCCUGGAGAGCACCGUUUGACAGCACAGUGCCCCACCCUAAAGGCCACCUUCCUGACCCCAAGGAAACCAUUUCUCAGAGAGCCAAAUGGAGUGGAGGGCUGCCGAAUCCGCAUUCCAGCUUCACCACAACACUGUAAAGGGUGAUUCCGCCCUGUGCCAUAAUAUACUCCAGAGCAGAGCAGGAAGAGGAGCAGUCAGCAAACACGAACCAUCUCCUCCUCCGGUACUGGACAGAAACGCCGUGUGAAUCCCCACCAUCUCUCAGUCGCGUGACUGGAGUCACAUCCAUGAUCCAUCCGCAUCGGGGUCAGGAGGCGUCGCCAAAUGAUAA